AUGCCUGAUGAUGUCGAACUGCGGCAGGAGAUUCUGCAAAGGACGCUGGAGGAAGUAGCGCAGGAGAAGCAUCAUAACCACCGGAACGAAGACGCGGAAGAGGAAGGAACGGCCAAUCCGUGUGUGAUAUGUCUUGAUGCGAUCGCAGAGCCGGGGGUAUCUAUACCGUGCGGACAUGCGAAUUUUGAUUUUCUCUGCUUGUUGAGUUGGUUGGAGCAGCGGCCGAGUUGCCCUCUGUGCAAGAAGGAUGUUAUCUCCGUGAAAUACGACCUGAACGCUGCUGAAGGUCCUAAAGUUUAUAAAUUACCUCCUCCGGCUCCUUCUACUACACCCCCGUCUACAACAGCACCACCGGCGCCUCGUCCGCAUCGACCGGAUUUCCACCGCGGCCGUCCUCUGAGAGAAGCGCAACGCCCCCGAGCACCAGAACCGGACGAUCCCCUCCUGCGACGAAGACAUGUCUAUCGCAACCAACUAUACUCCCUACGCGUUGGCUCGAACCGCCUCUCGCAAUACCGCGAAUUAACACCCGAACUCUUCAACCACGACGAACAGCUAGUAUCGCGCGCCAGGAAAUGGAUCCGUCGCGAGCUGCGCGUAUUCAGUUUCUUAAACCCUGACCCCGAAGAAGAAGACGGAGAAGCAGGACCCAACCGCAAUAACCGAGUACCCCGUCCCGGACAGCAACGAUUAGAAAACCGCCGCGGAAAUAACGCCGAGUUUCUACUUGAGUAUGUCAUUGCGAUUCUCCGCACAGUCGAUGUGAAAGGGAGCGCUGGACAGGCAGAAGAAUUACUACGUGAUUUUGUGGGAAGGGAUAAUGCUCGUUUGUUUCUGCACGAGUUGUCGUCUUGGUUGCGGAGUCCUUAUAUGUCUCUCGAGGACUGGGAUCGGAAUGUGCAGUAUGAGGAUACGAUAGGGACGCCUCCGAGAGGGCCAGGUCCACGAGGGCUUGAGUCUGAUCGUCGUUCCACUCAUGUGUUUGGGCCUGAUAGGCGCUCUGGACGUGGAAGGGGAUCGAAGCCGUAUUCUUCAAGAAGGCCGUAUGAUCAAGGGAGAUCGCGAGAUGCGUUGACACAGGCUCGACGAUUGCAGUCCGCACGGGAUAGGUAUAUCCCUGAUUAA